AUGUCCCAAAAAACUUCAAGACUAACCUAUCAACCGAUGACUGCUGUUAUGGAUUUUUUUUACAGCAAGUUGCAAACCCAGAUGAAAUUAUUUGGAGAGAACAUUCAACUUUUAAUAUAUUCGCAAAAGAAAUUAGAAAUGAAUAUUACUCAUUAUACAAUUAGAAAAUGUUUACUUCGAAAUGGAGAAUUGAUAAUUGGAGCUAAUUUUGAUAACAUUGAAUAUAAUGAAAGCAACAUUUCCAAAACACAUUGUCCUGAACAUAUUCCAGAGGAUCUUAUAGACGCAUGGAAAGAUUAA